ACCCUCUUCUAUGUCGCUGACGACAUGACAUUUGUCAGGUCCUCCUUGUAAAAUCAUUUUUCAUGCUGUUUUUCUUUGUUUUUAAUUGCGUGAUUCAGAGGAGUGAGUGCUUGACCCAUUGAUUAUUGGGAAUUUGGGGCUUUGGAGGAUUUUUUUACUGGUGUUAUUGAGGACUGGCCGGCUUGACAACUAGAUUCGGGGGAACGUCUGGAAGAGUUGGGAGCUGUGAUCUGUUGUAUUUUGUUUUGUCAAAAGGGGAGACAGGGGAUUUUAAUAGGUCGUCGAGAUGAGACAUGGUUAUGUUCUGCAGGGUGCACACAUCUAACGACAAUGGCACUGUCCCCGUCGGAGCGCCGACUCCAAAAGGAGUUGAUGGCCCUCAUACGUGAGCCGCCUGAGGGUGUCCAGGUUGAUGAGGACUUGGUCGGACAGAACUUGACACAAUGGAUCGUUCACAUGGAAGGGGCCAAGGGCACACUCUACGAGGGAGAGAGAUUUCAAUUACAAUUCAAAUUCAGCUCCAAGUAUCCGUUCGAUUCACCAGAAGUGACGUUCAUCGGUGGUAACAUUCCCAUUCAUCCUCACGUAUAUAGUAAUGGUCACAUAUGUCUAUCGAUAUUGACUGACGAUUGGUCACCAGCACUCUCAGUGCAGAGUGUGUGUCUCAGCAUCGUCUCCAUGCUGAGCUCGUGCAAGGAAAAGAAGAGACCUCCUGAUAAUUCGUUCUACGUUAAAACUUGUAAUAAAAAUCCAAAGAAGACAAAAUGGUGGUAUCACGAUGAUAGUGUUUAAAUCAGGGUAGACGUGCCGCAGUGAACACCCAUAAAAAUUCUUCAAUUGCACACAAUUCCGAAUGAUAUCGAGAUAAAACAUUGAAUUAGUUAAUUUUUCCUUUUCUUUGUGUGCAUAUUACAACUUAUAUCAUCGCCGUAGAGAGUUAAGUAAAAAAAUUGAGCGGAUGGCUGAAGGGCUGAACUAUUAAAACCACUAAUCGAACUACUAAGAGAAAUUAUAAUAGUGAACGAAAAGAACUUCAGAAUUAUAAGCAAAGUUGUGAAGAAUUACGAAUUUUAAUUGAUUGGGAAGGGAUUUGUGAGAAUUCUAUGACAAGAGCUGAGCAAAGACAAAUCGAGAGGCUAAUGGACGUUUGCCAAUAUUACGCGAAUUAUAUUAAACGGCUGAAUCAGAUCUCUCGUCAUUAGAUAACAAAUUAUUAAAAAUGGGGAGUAAACAUAGUAAUGAACCGUUUUUUUUUUCAGUUCAUUUAUGACUCUCGAGUCGAAAUAUACUGCACAAUGCGAUUUAGAGACAGAUAUGAAAAAAAAAUUUAAAAAUCGAUUAAUGUUGCAAUUACAUGUUCACUGGCUGAUGAGCUGAAAAAUAAAGUAACUGAAAUAUUUUA